AUGGAGGUGAUCGAAAGCAGAGAACAUAGCUCUGUUGGUCCUGCGGGGGCAGAGUCCACCAUGACCAAUGGAGAGCGAAACCCCUUCUUGGAUGACCCGCUCAUGGAUGAUGGUCGAUCCAGUAGCUUAAGUGAGAUUGAUGAUGUGUCGGACAACGAACCCUCCGACUUUGAAGACUCGAUCAAAGCAGAAAGACAGCUCGAGAAUGACUCGGAGGCGGAGACCGAGCGCAUCGAGGACUCCCCUCACAACAUUCGCAAGCGUGGGGAUAUUGUGCUCAGUGCUGGCAGCGCUGGCCCAAGUCCAAGCAAGCUCCAUCAGUCAACGACCCUGGCCGACGUCGAUGAUGAAGAGCAGCUGCUGGACGACUCGCCGAGCAAACCGCGAUCCUCUCAUAACAAUGGAUUGACCGAUGACAUUCCAGAUCUGGACGAUAUGGAUCUCCCCGAUAGCACCGGCAAAAAGCGAAAGCGCGUUGAAGCUGGUGACGAUACCGGCACCGAACUCGGCGACGAAGAGCCCAUUAAGAAGCGCAGAAGUUCGAUCAAAAGCGACUUGAGCGAUCCAAUUGACGACGACAUGCCUCUUUCCCCGGAGCCCAUCGAAGACCCCAUCGCUACCAAUGACGACGAGUUGCCGGCCGACGACGUCCCUGAGUUCGACCUUCCCGCCCCGCCAGUUAAAGGCAAAAGAGGCAAAAGGGGUAAGCGCAGAGGAAGACGAGCCCUAGACGCGGAUGAAGAGACCGAAGGUGGCGAUGCUGUGACAGAGGACGUCGCUGAUGAUAAUCUUGGGGAAGACGAUGAGCCCGUCGAACGCGAGGAAGCCAACGAUGCUGAAACAGCGGCGAAGCUGGAGGAAGAAUCCACAAAGAAGAUGUCUGCGAUGGAGUCUCUGGCAACUCUCGAAAAAGAAUUCGCAACUUUGCGUGACAAAAUUUAUGACGAACGAAUCACGAAGCUCAACCGCGAGCUUGAAAUGCUCAGUGGUCCGACCCCAACACACCCCGAGUAUCUACGCCAGAUUGAGUGUGUGAAACGUUACCGCGAUGCCAAGAUCAAGUACGAACACACGUUGUUCUAUUACCGCAGGAAGGCUCUAUUGAACAAAACCUUGGCGGAGCGGGCACAGGCACACAGUACUUUCUUCCAACGCAUCCGAGAUACGCGAGAGACACACUCAAGUGCGGUCAGCAAGCAAUUCUACGCUAUCCAGCAUGACCGCUUCAAGACAGAUGAAUUAAGCCCACAUCACAUCAUCUCAUUCCCCACCCGUCGCUCACAGCAGAUCGCAAAUCAAACCGCCUACAACCAAGAGGUUUCGAUCAUGGCCGGUAUUGCAAAAUAUGUUGGUUUCCCAGCUGCUCCUACAUUACUAGGCGCGCGGCCGUCGGAACUGGACGACGAUCUCGAAAAGAUGGGGAUCACUGUUGAAACCCGGGCUUCAGCCCCACGACAUUCAUCGACAUUGCCUCCCCGGCCUCCCAUAUCGGCCAUGUCAUCCAACGUUUUCCGCACAGCAGCCGAAGAAGCUUUCUUAGAGCAAACGCCGUGGGCUAACCCACAACAUCCAAUCCAUCAGCAACAGGCACCGCAUCAAUACUCCCAACAACAUCGUCCUCAAGGGCGUGCCUUUGAGAACCCGCAAGUGUCAUCAUUUGCAACUCCAGCGGCUCAAAAGCGGGUGGUAGACGUUAACGCACCGAACGGAUCCGCGUCUACAAUACCGGAGAAUGUCUCGGCCGCAAACUCCUCGGCCAACAAUACACCUUACGGUAUUGAGCAGGAGUCAAGAAUGCAUCAUCAAGGGCCCUUCCGUAAUCCGGAUUAUGACUUCGAGCGUAAAUCUGGCUUCCGAUCUCAGAGCUCAUCGCCGCUAGAUGUGCGAAAGUCCCACCCGCAUGCAAGCCAUGUCAUGGAACGUCGCUCCCCCUUACCCGAGUCCUCCCACAACCCCAUCUUCUCCCCACAACCCGCUCGCCAAGGUCUAUUUCAGCCGUCCAGGCCAGAUAUCUCUCCGACUUUGGCCUCUAAGACAGUCGACGCGUUAAAUUAUCGCCCUCAGUCGGAGCUUUCAACCGCAGGUCCAAACCACAUGCCUACACGAUGA